AUGACAGACAAGUACAUGCUGCGCGUCACCGCAGGGCCAAGCUACGACGCGUCGACGCACGUCCAGGUGCCCGUCAACAGGCCCCAGCCAGUCCGCAUCAGCAGCCUCGCCGCGCACAUCGAGCUCAACGUCCGGAUCCAAAACUACAACGGCCUGCCGCCGGCCUCGCCAGCCACAUCGCCCUACUUCUCGACCGAGCCCCACGCCUACAACCAGGACCAGUACAGCAUCUGCUUCCGCUUCACGCCCCGGGACCAGGCGCCUGCCGUUUCGCCGGGCCCCGGAACCGGCGUGCGCGGCGAGUCGGCGGCGCCCAGGGGGAUAAGCGGCCACCAUCUCCAGUUCGGAAACGACUUUGACCGUCCCAUCCGCGACAGGCUGCCCCCGGGGUUCAACACGGCCCUCAGCAUCGUCCGGUGGUGGAUCGACCCUGGUCUGGAGGGAGAUGCCUACGCCGACCGGCCGUAUCUGUACGGGCCUGCGCUGAGCUCCUUCAACCUUGUUCACAUCGGGGCCGGCGAGUACGACGAGCAAAAGGGCGGCUUGUGGUUCGACGAGGGCGGCGACGAGCAAGGCCUGCAAGCGCGGGAGGCGGUUGGUGCGCCUGCUGAUGGCAAGGCCCGUAUGAAGUGGGCGUUGCGCGACGACAGCAAGAGCAAGUGGGUGUUUGAGUACGGCAAGACGUACGGGCUGGACUUUUUCAACCCGUAUCUCGACUUUGCCAAGCUGUCGUUGAAACUGCCUGGGUUUCAUCUGCCUAUUGUCAAGUAUUGGGAUGGCCAGGGCCUAAGAUACGUGCUACGAAACAAGCAAACAGGGGAGACGUACCUCGUGGUCGUAUUCACCAUUUAUCUACGGGAAGACGUCAACGAGGACGGCACACUCAAGGACGGUGCGACGGAGCGGGUCGUCAAGGAUGUUGAUGGCGCAGUUGUGCCUGGUGAACAUGACGAGGAAAAGGCUUUCCUGCGAGCUGGGGGGGAGAUGGCGCCGGAAGCGGAUGAUACACGGCCGGAUGAUGUGGAUUAG